AUGGCGUUAACGGCCAGAUUCCUGAGACCACUGCAACUCUUUUUCAAUCCUAGUUUUGCAAGAGCAACUUCACCACAGUGCCAGGUCAGAGUUAUUCAUUAAUUUGUGAAAUAAUGCACGCAAAUGGUUCUUUUUUGCUAGCUUGUCAGUAAGCAAAUUCCUUUAAUGUUAUUUUAUUAAACAUGACCUCAUUAUUGUGAUAUAGGUGGCAAUAUUUCGAUGGUAUAACAAAUAUACAACCAAACCUCUUGCUCCUCCUCCAAAACCAAAACCGCUGGAUGUGGAAUCAUUACCUUGUUCUGGUGAGUAAAGAACAUGACCUUGGUACAUCUUAACUUUUAAUAUAACCUGUAUGACAGGGGCUCCAGAGCCCCGUGGUACCCAACCAAUAUUUGGGUUUAGGUGAGCCAUUCAAAGACCCUGACCCUGUUUAGAAUACUAACAAAUUUCAUCAAGCAAAUAAAAUUGAUUGUGAAAGCUUGCAUCAAAUCAUAUACCCUGCUUAGGACAGACAUUCACGAAAUAGCAUACCCUGUGUAGGACAGAUAAGACAAAAACCAUAUCCUGUCCAGUGGCACAUUUCAAUGUAGGCCAUAUAAGGGAGUAACCCUAUGCAUUUAUGCUUGCCAACUCUCAUGCCUCAUGCGUGAGUCUCGUGUCUGUGAACCUAAGGCAUCAAUCUCAUGCAUCAAGGACAACUUCUCAUGCCUGACUUGCAAAUCCACACGAAUUGUUCUUUAGCACAUGAUUAAUAACAAACGUGCAGUUCAAUUUCCCUGAAAAUAUUUGUGGCCAACUGUAUCACAACACACUAAAAUUUUUCCCUUUGAAAUAGCUUCAGAAGAGCUCAAAGGUGGUCGGAACAUCUUCAGAUAGUUUCAGCAACGUUCAGAAGUCUUCAGAAAAUUGUCAGAGAUCUUCAGAAGUUGCUGGGAUGUUUUCAGAAAUUCUGGUCAUAAUAAGAUGAAAAUCUCAUGCAUUUGACUUGGAAAAUGUUGACAGGGAUAGAACUCCCCCUGGUAACAGAGGGAAGAAGGGAAGGAGAACUUGAGUAACAGGGGCCUGUUUCUCAAAAGUCCUGGUAACUUUUCAGGCCCAGAAAGCUAAAUUGUGUUUGCCGCGUUUACAUUCAAGAUCAAAGUUUCAAUAAUUUCAAAAAUGAUAAAAUGAAACUAUCAGUUAACAUACAUGUAGCAAAAUUGACUGGUUAUUAUGGGCUAGGAACAGUGCUACUAUUCAACACGUUUGGAUUUUACAAUUUGCCUUUGGGCCCGAAAAGUUUCCGGGCCUUUCAAGAAAUGGGCCACAGGAGAAAGGGACGAGGGGAAUUCUUGGGUGCUUUUCUUGCCUCUCCCUCCCUUUUAUGCCUGCCUCCUUAUAACUCUUCCAAAGUUUUUUGAACUUUUAACAUGUGCUUGCUGGCGAAAAUCCAUUGGCGCUGCCAGAAAGGGUACCUUAAAUUUAGCAUAUUACAUUGUAGCUAAAAAAAAUGUUAAUGUCACAAAAUUUUUAUACAAAUGUCUGUAAAAUUUGGAAACUAUGCGUGGCUAUAUCUUCACCUGUUUCUGACUUAUCACUCUGAAACUUGGCAAGUUCGUUAAUUCAAGGCCAUCUUUCCAGCAGUGUCAGUGAAUUUUCAUCAACAAGUCUAAGAUGGAAAGUUGCAAAAAAUUUGUGGAAGGGCUCACUUCUAAUUUCAUUUAUGGGUUAAAUUUUGCCAGAGACAUCUCCCAAAUGAAACAAACCAGAAGGUUGUUCUUUCACAUUUUACUAUAUUUUACAGAUGUGUUCAGUCCAAGUGUCUGCAAAUUUAUUGCCAAACGAGAUUAUGAAAAUCACAACUCAGGAAUUCUUGCCUGGGUGACAUCAUUCACUGGGGAAGACACUUUGGGACUUAUUGAGCUCAAUGAGUUUGUAUUUGGAGCAAACCCAAGGGUCGAUAUCUUACACAGAGUAGUAGUUUGGCAAAGGGCAAAAAGGAGAGCCGUAAGUAAACUGGAAUAUUGGUUUACAUGUAAUAUAGUGGUAUGUCAUCUUAUGAUUACCCUGUAUACAGCUAUAGUUGAACCUACUGUGAGUGAAAAAGUACAAAUACAUGUGUUAUAAUCCAGAAAAUUUCUGGAGUUCAAGGUUUUCUGCCUUUCACAGUUAUAUGACCAGGGGUGAGUUGUUGGAAGAGCCAUUAGCGAUAGUCCAAGGUUGUUACCAAGACAACUCAUUUAUCUUGUUUACAGUUAGUCCAGGAUUAAAGCUAACCAAGCUUUGAGCAACUCAGCCCAGACUUCUGUGGUCCACAUGUGGUCAUUUUAAUCUAUUUUACACUGUAUAUAAAACACAGGACACUGUGUUUGAUUGGAUAUCCAGACAUCGAAAAAUUUAAGGUUAUGGAUAGCAUAAAUUGAUGUUUAAGUAAAUGAGACGAAAUGAUAGUGAAUAAUCACGAGAAAGAUUCAGAAAAUAAUGUGAAUUUACUUUUCAAACCAAGUUUUCCCCACUAUUGCCGUCAUGGUAACUCUCUACUUGAGGCAUAUGUUUGACAUCUGGUGGGAAAAAUACUUUUGGUUACCUUACUAACCAAUUCCAUAUAAAGUCGUUACUUUAAGUCCCUAAUGCCCGAUGAGUGCACCCAUAUUGCGCAACAGUCAUAUCUCUGUUUUUCUGUCACACAAUUUUCAAUAUUCCGAAGAAGCUUUUGUACUAAUCAACUGUAUAUACUAGUCCAAAAUACAAAAAAGAACAAUGAACAGUAACUAGUAAGUUGUUCUGGUACAAUGUAACCUUCUCUCUUGGCAAAGUCCACUGUGACUCCAUCAUAAUAUCACUUCUAAACUCCACAAUGGUUCCGUUCAUAUUAUCAUAUGCUCAUCAUGCACAUGUGCUCCUCUUUGUGCCAUACACUGUCCUUUCCCAGCCAAUUAUUAUUUCAGGGCUUUAGUGUAUUCACAUUAUUUCUUGUGUGUUUUUAGUUUGGUAUACGAUAUAGAACUGCAUUGCAAAACCAUCCACUGAUCAGAAGAAUUUAUUAAGUUGGUGGAAAAACAAUUUGUAACCAAGUUGUUUAGACCAUUAUUUUUAUAAAGUGUCUGCAGGUUGGAGAGAAUGUUUAGUCAUUAGUGCUAUAGCUUCUGGGAAGAUCAUUAAUUCAUGAAGAAAUUGAGUUAUUAUUAUUUUGCAAAAUUUUAUGGUUAUGAAUAUCCCACAUCCAAUCGUUUAUUAUAACACUGAUUUCCAUUGGUCUCUCUUCAUGGAUAUUAUUAUUCACGAGUUUGAAGACUGACAGUUGGUAAGACUUAUGUGAAAUUUAUAACUGUACUAGCAUUCACUGUUAUUUAAUUUUUAAAGGGUACAGCAUGUGUUAAGACCCGUGCAGAAAAGAGAGGUGGUGGAAGGAAACCAUGGCGACAAAAGGGUACAGGAAGAGCUCGACAGGGAAGCAUAAGAGCUCCACAUUUUAUUGGAGGUAAACUACAUGUACCAAUACCCAAAGUAACUCAGUAACCCAGUAACUGAUGUAAAGCUAGACUGAGUUAGAAAGUUACAUGUAGUGACUGACUGACUGCCUCAGUAGCUGUGUGCCUGAGUGACAGUGUUGGACUGAAUCAGUAACUUAGGUGAAUUGACUGACCAACUGCUUUAGUAGCUGUGUGACUGACUGAAAUAAUGUUGGACUGAUUCAGUAACUUACAUGUACAUGUAUUGACUGACUGACUUGCUUUAGUUAGUAGCUGUGUGCCUGACUGACAUAAUGCUAGAAUGACUCAGUAACUUAGAUGUAUUGACUGACAGAUUACCUCAGUAGCUGUGUGUCUGACUGACAUAAUGUGGGACUGACUCAGUAACUUACAUGUAUUGACCAGCCAGCUGCCUCAGUAGCUGUAUGGACCUACUGACAUAAUGUUGGACUGAAUCAGUAACUUACAUAUAGUGAUGGACCGACUGCCUCAGUAGCUGUAUGUCUGACUGACAUAAUGUUUUACUGACUCAAUAACUUACAUGUAGUGACUGACUGACUGACUGCCUCAGUAGCUGUGUAUCUGACUGACAUAAUGUUGGACUGAUGCAGUAACUUACAUGACUUGUAGUGACUGAAUGACUGCCUCAUUAGCUGUGUGUCUGACUGAUGUACAUGUAUGUUGGACAAGCUCAGCAAGUUACAUUUAGUGACUGAGUGAUUACCAAUUGAGCAAAAAUGGAAAGCAUUCGACAAUUUGACCAUAGCAGAACAUAAUAGUCACAAAGAAAUUGUUGCGUAGUUCUUUUAGCCUGACCUAGCUUUUGUCAGCAUUUAGCCAUGGGUAAGAAGUAAAUUAUGGGAAAUUGACCAAUCAGAAACGAGGUUUUCGUUGGGGCAAACAAAACUGUCCAUUGUAUUGUGGGUGUCGGUACAGCAGGGUUCCACUGUAUUAUUAAUACUCCUUUGCUGGACGGAAAUCUUUAACUGUUUCUAAGGUGCACUUCAUUGACACCCUCUUAGUUCUGUUACAUUUAAGUUUGUUAUUUCCUGAACAUUUUCUUUUUCAUCACUCUAGGUGGCCAUGCCCAUGGCCCCAAGCCAAAGAGUUAUUACUACUCACUUCCAAAGAAAGUCAGAAGAAUGGGGCUUAGAACAGCACUGUCAGUCAGAUAUGCUCAGGUAGUAAGAUUGCAUAGUAUAACCCUUUUUAAGGCCCAAUAGAGUUCAGGAUGAAAUUUCUCCUAGUAUUAUCAAGGCUUUAUAAAACAUGGUUGCCAUCACAAAAGAUGAAUCUAACUGAUACUUUAAAUUCUCCCCACUACAUCUAUUUAAAGCAUAUGGACAAAAAAUGAGUAUUUGAGUUUUGAUAUUAGGGUUUUUAAAGGGUCAAGUGCCAAGAGGGACAGGUAUUAAUUUCUCCUCACAACCACAAUGUUAGCCUGCGUGGCAAGCAUUUCCAUGUGGUUUCAGAGCAUUAAGAACUAGGAACAAGAGUCAAUACCAUUCCUUGGUCUUUCUUUGUUCCAAAACCAAACAGAAAUGCUUGCAAUGCAGGCUACCAGGGUAUGAGAAUUAAUGAAAUGAUUACCAAAGGGAAGCUGCUUGGAUCUUUUCAAUUAUUAUCCCAACUUAUACAAUAAUUUUAUGAGAAAAAAAAAAGAAUGAUUGUGGACACUGGGGCAACAGGUAGUGUUCGUUGUAGAGAUUAUCCAGAAAUAACGGGUCAUGUGUCACAAAUUUUGUGAUGUGGCAACGUGUUUGUCUUCUUAAGAUCUUAACAAAGUGGGAGAAAAACAAGUAAUUAUUAGUUUUCUUGGUGGGUUUGCUUUUGAAUGGAAUAAUGGUUCUUAUUAUGGCAAGUGUUUGCACAAAUAUACACCUAUUAAUUUGCUGGAGUAAUGCCAUUUUCAUUAUAAAUGCAAAUUAAGUGGCUGACAUUGUUUACAUUUACUAUUUUAUAUCAUAAUGAUGAAGACUUUUUUUGUCAACAGGGUGAUUUGCACAUUGUUGAUUCCUUUAAAGAUAUUGAAAGUGAACGGGUUAGUUGAAAGUGUCAUCUGAAACCUGCACUUGUAACUACUAUCAGACUCCCUAAUAAAUAUGAACAAGAUUUUAUGAUUAAUCGAAUUUCCCAUGUCAUCUGAGCUGCAUAUAGUUUCGUGUUCAAGAGGUUUUAGGUACAGUAUGUUGCACAUUUUUAAAAGGUAAACACUGAACCAUCCAACUUGCAUGGCAAAUAGACCUUUCUCACCAUCUUCUCCAGUGAGCAUGCACAAUAAAACAAGUCAAGGAUGGGUGGACAAUUUCGUACAAAUCUCUGAUCAGUAUUUUGUAGGCCCAAACCUCAAGUUGUUGCCUUUAUGAAAAAAUGUAAUUUGUUUUUGGGAAUGCAAGAAUGGUAUAUAAUACCUAGAGAGGUAGAUUUUAUGGUUUCAGAAAAUAUCCAUACCCAGCCCACCACGGAGGUUCAAAGCCAUGUGGCUGUACCCUCCAACUGAGAAAACCUCUCCCCCCAGGCCUCUUAAAAAGGGAGAAUGGCAAGAGGGCUCCCUCCCAUCCUUUUCUUUUUCUUGGGUUGGGGGUGGUGGGAUGUGGCUACACAUAGGCUAAGAGGGUCAUCGAAAAGAAAAUCUAAGAGGGAGGGGUUAACAUUUUUAAAGGAUAAAAUCUUUCUAGGAAAGUGAGAGAGCUUAACUUAACUUAAAAGUUCCAGACAGAACGUUGGGUAGGGGGGUGGGGGCUGAUACCAGAAAUCACUCUGUGGGUGGAGUACAGUGAAACCUCGAUAAAAUGAACCUCUACUCAAUGAAGUCCUUGGUAUACACUGUACCAAACAAGUUUCCUCACCCCACUCAUGGUAAAAUAUAUCAAAAAGAACUUUGAAAUAACAAAACCUUGUUAUAGGGAUUAAACGUAUUUUGCCAGUCACUAGCUUGUCCAUUCAUUAUCUCGAGGUUCCACUGUAUGUAUUUUUAUGAAAAGCACAAAUUUUGGCAAUUUUAAUUUUGAAACAAUUGUCCUUUUGUAGGAUUUGAUUCCACUUUUGGAAAAAAGAGGCUGGACGAAUGCUGUGCUUGUGGAUUCGUAAGUUGUUUCCUAUGAAGUUGUCACAGGAAUAAUUAUAUUUUUUUUCUGCCACCUUGUUUCAUGAUGUCAAAAAGGACAUUUUUUAUAAAACUCUUUGACCAUCUUAGUAAAAAGUUUCACAUGUAAAACAGUACUACUUGUUUCAUUUUGUUUUGCUUUUUUUAAAGAAAAAAUGGGGCAAUUCUAUGCACAGUGUAUUCCUACGAGACAGUCCAAGGGUGGCAUUGAUUUUUCGCUAUCUAGGAAGUGAAUGUUAAUGGUACCUGUUUCAAUGUAUUAAAAUUUAUAUUUGGCUCUUAGCGUUCGCCGAUAGAAACAAAAAAAAUGUAUUAUUCAACUCUGAACCUCACAUCGAGUUAUUUUGUUUUAUUCUUCCCACCCUUGGAGCCAGGUAUGAAUUUUAAUAAUCACAAUUAUUUUGUCUAUUUAUAUGCCAUAUUUGUCUCAAACCACAGGCAGUCCAACUCAAAACUACAUCAUGCUGCAGCAGAGAUGAAUAAAGUGGAUGUGCUUUAUAGUAUAGGUAUGAAAACAUCAAGCAACUUUGUAAUAACAGCUAUUAUCAAUAUUAUUUGAAGAGGCCUAGUUAAUAUGAAGAAUUAGGUAGAUCAGAGGUGUUGGCCUCAACAGAUAACACUCCAAAUAAUUUACAACUUACGUCUGUCGAAAAUUAACAGCAGGCACCUUCCAAGUUUGAUGGUCAAUCCUAGAUGGUUAUGAAGAAUUAGCCGGUUCCUCGAACGAUGGUUAAGUUUAGCCCAGGAUUAAGCCAAAUUUUAAGAAUGGUGUUCUUGUCUAAGAACAUGUAACUAAAGCUUACAAAAUGCUGUUUAGCCUUUACUCUGAGAUACAGUAAUAAUAAGACAAAAUGUUACUCUAAGCAAUGCAUGGAAAGUAAAUUUAUACAUUAAUAUAGUGCAACAAAAUUUUAGUCCUGGAUUAGCAGUAUAAUCGGCCUUUCAGGAACAGAGGUUUUAAGCCCAUGAGAAAGGGACAAAUGUGUAAUGAAUGAAUGAUGAUAAUGAUAUUGUAUGGUCAACUCAACCAUCUGGGAUACAUCCCGACUUCUCACUCGCAAUUUGUGGGAAACAAUACAUCAUCAGUACCAGAAGCCAAAACUUCCUGUCCACUUUCGUUAUCUCCAUUACCGUUACUAACUAAAACUGAGUAAUGUGAAGGACAUUUGGGCCCAAUUGCUAUUGAGGUGUGCCUUUCAUACACUCUUAGAUUCACUAUUGUACCCGCUAGAAGUAUAUAACAGGUAGUAUUUAAAGUCUUUAGAUAGUGGGGAAAAAAUCUAUAUCAUUUGCUUAACAAAAGAAAUUUCUUUCAACUACAACUAUAUUUGUUUGGUAACUUUUUGUAUAUAUGAAUUUUCUUCACAGUUCUAAAUGUGUACUCAAUCUUACUUCGGAAAAAGGUGAUUUUGACUCUGGAUGCUGUCAGAACUCUCGAAGAAAGACUUUGUGAGGAUGAUAGAAUACUAAUAAACAAAUUUGAUUAA